AUGGAAUUAACAAAUAAUAUUGAAAAUGAUAAAGAUAGCAGUAAUAAUAAUAAUAAUACUUUAAAUAUCGAAGCAAAAUACGAUAUAGAAAACAAUGAUAAUACUAAUAAAAAAAAACAUACCAGACAUAGAUCUACAACCCAACAAAGCUCAACCAGUAAUAAAACAGAUAAUACUAUUGAAGCCUUAGAGCUACCAAAUGAUAAACUCGAAAAAGAUGACCACUCUUCUAUUAGCAAUGAAAAUACUAUUGAGACAGAAUCAAUUGCAAACUAUUCUAAACUUAUUAAAUUAAAAUAUUGGUGGUGGGAUAAGGGUAUCUCUUCUCUUAUCUUUAUUUUCCAUAUACUUUUAAAUAUUGGUUUAGUUAUUAAAAUUAUUUUUCAUUUCAGAAAGAGUGAAUUCUAUCCUUUUUUUGGUAUAAGUUUACUUACAGCUAGAGCUGGAGCUGCUAUUAUUAAUAUUAACUCAGCACUUAUACUCUUACCGGUUUUAAGGAAUUUCCUAUCAUGGUUACGAGGAACUUGGAUAUCAACAUAUGUUCCAAUAGAUAGAAAUCUAUCCUAUCAUAAACUUUGUGCAAUAGGAAUUACACUUGAACAGUAUGGACUCUCAGCAGAAUAUGUAUCGAAAUACUAUCUUUACUAUAAAAGUGUACCUGGAAUAACUGGUCAUGUUUUAAUCGUUGUACUUUUACUCAUUUGUUCGUCGUCUGUGGAGAGAAUAAGAAGACCAAUGUUUGAAAUAUUCUACGUGACUCACCACUUAUUUAUUGCCUAUUUUAUUCUGUUGUGCUUCCAUGGUUAUCAACAAAUACUAAAGGUUGCGCCAAAUUCAUAUAUGUGGGUAGGAGCUCCUGUAUUGUUCUAUGUAGUGGAAAGAGCAAUACGACUCAUUAGAGGAAACAGAGAAGUAAUGCUUCACCUAGCUAAACAACACCCAUCAAAGGUAUUAGAGCUUCGAAUGAAGAAAGGAAACUUUAUUUACAAACCUGGACAAUUUAUAUUUUUAAACUGUCCUAGUAUUGCAAACUAUGAAUGGCAUCCUUUUACAAUAACAUCAGCUCCAGAUGAAAACUAUAUUUCUGUUCACAUAAAUAUUGUUGGAAAUUGGACAGGUAAACUAUAUAAAUUGAUGAAUUCAAAUGAGAAAUUGGGAGUUGUUCAGAAUGAAGUGUUGACUGGCCCAGAUGGAGGACCAAUUUUGAAAAUAGAUGGUCCUUUUGGUGCUGCAAGUGAAGAUGUAUUUAACUAUAAGGUAUUGGUUUUGGUUGGUGCUGGAAUUGGUGCCACUCCUUACUCUUCGAUUCUCAAGCAUAUCAAAUAUCAAUUGAAACGGUUGAUGAGCGAACAAUCGGAACAAGGUAAAGAAUGGAACUUGCCCAUUGAGAAAGUAUAUUUCUUUUGGAUUUCAAGAGAUAAGAAUUCAUUUGAAUGGUUUACCUAUAUACUUCAUGAUGUCGAAUCAGAGUUGAAUGAUCUGGUGGAAAUACAUACCUACCUCACUGGUGCAAUAGAGAUAUCCGAUUGGAAUGCUAUUGUCGAUACGAUUGGAACGAUGGAUACAGAACAACAUUCCGACUUUAUUACUGGUUUGAAGUCACAAACCUUGUUUGGUCGGCCUAAUUGGGAUGUCGUAUUCCAAGAGUUGACAAAGAUACACAAAAAGAAUACGAUUGGUGUAUUCUAUUGUGGUCCGCGACCAUUGGCAAAAGAGAUUAAAAACCGAUGCUCCCAAUACAACGGAAUGGAAGGUUGUCACAUUAUAUUCCACAAAGAGAAUUUCUAA